AUGGCGGCCUCCACAUGUCGUUUUGUGUUGACAAUUUUAUGUAGCGUUAUUUUCGUCUUGACAGCUAUAGUUCUCAUUCGGACUUUCACGCUGUCUGUCCGAGUCGACGAUGUUCAAAUCUGUGAAUCGAAAGAUGAGGAUUUCAUAGAAGCAACAGAUGAAAUAAUACAAAAAUUUAGGACAGCUUUAAGGUUCAAAACGGUCUCAAUAGAAGCGGGCAUAUACGACAGAGAUGAACUCUUCAAAAUGCUUGAAUUUAUCAAAUCAGCCUUCCCUGUAGUACACUCGUCUCCACUUGUGGAGUUUGAGGUCAUCAACAACUACAGCCUGCUCUACUCCGUGAAAGGCAGGAAUGAGUCACUGACGCCAUACAUGUUAACAAGUCACCUCGAUGUUGUGCCUGCUGAACCAGAAAAGUGGGAGGUGCCGCCUUUUUCUGCUGAAAUUAAGGAUGGAUUUAUCUAUGGGCGUGGCACCAUCGAUGACAAACAUGGAGUGAUGGCAAUCCUUGAGGCAAUGGAAUUCCUGUUGAAAAGAGGAUUUCAGCCUGUGAGGUCCUUCUAUGUCGGAUUUGGUCAUGACGAGGAGGUAGCAGGAACUGAUGGAGCAGCUGCCAUUGCAGAGCGUCUCACACAGAAGGGCGUGACAAAACUGGAGUUCCUGUCUGAUGAAGGCUUGUGUGUCCUGGAUGGCAUCGUCCCAGGGAUGAAGACGACAACGUCCAUAAUCGGUACAUCAGAGAAGGGUCAGGUCAUCUUGAGGUUAAGGGUCAAGGGCAGCGCUGGUCAUUCAUCCAUGCCACCUCGGGAGAGUUCCAUUGGAAUCUUGGCAAGAGCUGUGCAACGGUUGGAGUCGAUUGGACACCCCAGCAUGUUCGGACAUGGACCCGAGAAGGACACGUUUGAACACCUGUCUUCUCAGAUGUACUUCCCACAUCGUAUGGUCAUGUCCAACCUGUGGCUGUUCACCCCGCUUGUAUCAUGGAUUUUGUCGAGGAAGCCAUCAACUAACGCUGUGUUGCGGACAGUGACAGCAGUCACAAGGUUUGACGCAGGGAUCAAGGACAAUGUGUUACCUCCCGAGGCCGUCGCAAUCGUCAACCACCGCAUCCACCCAGCACAGACUGUCCAGGAGGUGAUAGACUAUGACCGCUUGUUGAUUAAUGAUGACCGAGUUCAGAUUGAAGUGAAGUACGCACAAGAAUCUCUUCCCAUGUCACCGUACGGGCCUGACGACUUUGGCUACCAGGUCAUCAAAAACAGCAUCCGUCAAGUGUGGAACGACACUGUAGUAGCUCCAGGUGUAAUGAUAGGCAACACAGACACUCGUCACUACGUCAACCUCACCCACAACAUCUACAGGUUCUCACCCACGUACAUGUACCCCGACGACGUGGCACGCUUCCAUGGCGACAAUGAAAGGAUAUCGGUGAAGAACUAUGAGCAGGCUAUCAACUUCUUCUACCAUCUGAUCCAGAAUGCAGACAAACCCGGGCUCAAGACGUUCCACAGUCACAGCGAACUGUAACAUGGUUGGAGUUACUAGCAGGGAGCAGGGAGCUGCUAGUCUUGUCAUCAUAGUUGUAGGGAGCAUACAACCCAAGCUGCAGCAGGUGCUUGAUGGUUAACACCAUCAAUAUCUCAUCCUACCGGGUACCCAUUCGCUGCUAAGGCAUAUUUUGAGCAAAGACACAUCAGCGCUAGUCUUGUACACACAGAGAACAAAGGUUCAUGGUGUCCAUGAUAAUUUAUGCAUUUAAUAAUUUGUGAUUUUAUGAGCACACCUAUAUCAAACCUUCAUCUCCUCUGUCAGACUUUCAUUUGCAUGUUAUAUCAGACCUUCACUCACCUGUAACUGACCUUCACCCUCCUGUAUCACCUGUAACUGACCUUCACUCACCUGUGUCAGACCUUCACCCUCCUGUAUCUGACCUUCACUCACCUGUAUCAGACCUUCACCCUCCUGUAUCACCUGUAACUGACCUUCACUCACCUGUGUCAGACCUUAACUCACCUGUAUCUGACCUUCACUCACCUGUAUCAGUCCUUAACUCACCUGUAUCUGACCUUCACCUUCCUGUAACUGACCUUCAUCACCUGUAUCUGACCUUCACUCACCUGUAUCUGACAUUCACUUACCUGUGUCAGAACUUCACUCACCUGUAUCAGACCUUCACUCACCUGUAUCAGACCUUAACUCACCUGUAACUGACCUUAACUCACCUGUAUCUGACCUUAACUCACCUGUAUCUGACCCUUGCCCAUGUGGUGUAUCAGUCCUUCACCCUAAUGUUGGUCAUAUAUUCGAUUGACCUUUUUUUUCAGGAUCCUCCUUUAAGAGACUAAAUGUACUCUAUUAUGAAAGCCUUGAUCCUCCCCAAAUUUGUAUAGAAAUAUUUAUGACUCUGUGGUAUAUUUUGGUGACCCUCCUGGUUCCUUCUGACACACUCACCGCCAUUAUAAACGACUCUUAUCAUUACAAGGUCCCUGCUGCUGCAGCAUUUUCAAACUUAAGAUUUUUUCAUUGCAGUCAAGAAUUUGAAAGAUAUAUGGUAUCCAGAAAUAUAGUGUUAAUAAUUACAUUCCAGUAUAGUCCAACAUUCCUAGUGGACUAUUACUGAUCUCCUGAAAUAGCUUGUGCCUACCUCUCAUAUAUUUCACAAACUUCAGUCUUACACUUGUAUUGUUAUCCAAACAUGGGGGUCUGUGAUGUGAUGACAAUGAAUAAGAAUGAUGUGGUGACUUCAGAAACCAAGAGACAGUGGAAAUAGACCCAAGCUGCAGCAAAUUAGUGUACUGUCAUAGACAACAAAGUGUCAUGGUGAUUGUCUGGAUCAGGAAUAGAGUUGUAUAUCAUGUGUAUAUCUGUGACAUACAGGCUUCAUGUGUAUAUGUGUGACACAGGCUUCAUGUGUAUAUCUGUGACACAGGCU